AGCCGGCCUCCCCCUCGCAUUCAAACCGCAACCCCACCUCUGAACGACAAUCGUUAACAUGGAUCCGCUAUCCAUCACCGUCUCCAUCAUCGCGCUAAUCGGAGCCGCACGCAAAAUUGCAGAGUCAGUGCAGGCCAUCAGCGAGGCGCCGCGGCUGAUCUGCACCGUGGUCAGCGAGACAAAAGUGCUGGCUUCGAUAUUCUCUCAACUCGACGUGAAAUUUUUCCAGUCGACAGUGAUACCGGACGAUGCGAUGCAGCAGUUUCAGCAUCUACUACGGCGGAUGCAGGCUCUGUUUGCGGAACUCGAGAAGGAGUUGGCCGGCGUUGUAUGCAUACCGGGAAGGCUGGGGCUGUUGGACCGUGUGAAGUGGGCGGCGCGAGAAGUGGAUGUGAAUCUCAUACUGGCGGACUUGCUGCAACAGAAAGCAUCGUUAAACAUCAUGAUUGGCAUCUGGACCGGCCAGCAAAACAAUCCCCAGAAUAGAUCAAUUGCUGCUAUUCUUCCGCACAUUGUACCAUCCCCGAACCCAGUCGAGCCGAGCCUCCCUUCCCAAGAACUUGCCAGAAAACGCCCGGUCCCACGGCUCAGCAUUAACCUCAGCCGGCGACGUCCCGCGAAUCGUUCUUCCACAGCUCUUCUUCAACGGAGCCUCCUCCCGCUUGCCGCCGUCCGUCUCGCACGUCUGGUACGUAACCAGACAGACCCGUGCGAAGACUUUAUCGACGCGCCCGUCCCACCACAAGCGUCAGACAUCGUCAUCGACCGAGUCACGAAUGUCGUCGAAACCCAACUCUCGUCGAAAUCUUCAAGCCUCCGCGUGCUCAUUGCCGGCCGUGUCUCCGUCAACGCAGAGUUCCGCGAGGCUAAUCUGGCGAAGAUGAAAGCCGAGGAUUCGCUUUGCUAUCAACUCCCGAACUCGGCCGCCUGGUUCAGAAAGGCAAAAGCGGAUACGGAAACCUGCCGCUGGAUGGAGGAAGCCCGCAGCGACAUUUAUUUCGUGGUCGGGUUCCGCACCCUCGUUCGUACCCACAUACUGGAGGCGAGAACCCGCGGAAGCUGUACUAGGCAAGGAGAGGAUAUCUGUGACAGCACUAGUACAAUACAGGCACCGAGUGGGCAGGACUCGGAGGUCGUUGGGGGUGGCGAGAUGGAGAAUUCACACAUUGAUGCGCACGAGAGAAGCAUACAUGCUGCUGAUGAGACUAUAUGUGCAAUCCAAUAUAGGAAGGUAAAGUUGGGAUGGCAUUCCCGGAAUGUGAGAAGCGCGACUUUGGAAUCUGGCAGUCGGUGGGAACCAGUGUGGGGUCAUCUAAGAUGAAAAUCACUCGUGGUCGGGGCCGGGCGUGUUGGUGAAAAUGGAAAAUACAUGGUUACCGGCGUGGAAGCUUCUUGGAUUCAUGCAUACGGUUCGCAUCGGGCCCACGAGUGCGAUCAAUCGGAAGUUUCUGUUUGCCGUGGAUCCAAAACAUAUCUUGUGAUGAGCGCAUCUGUGUUUAAUGACCAGCUCAAUCUUCUACUCUCCGAUUGGUCCGAAGUUAGUG